AUGGCCGACAAAAUCACCUCCACCGCCAAAGCGGAAGCCCGCGACAUCUCCGCCACCGCGCAAGAAGCCGUCAAAUCUGCAGCCUACCUCUACCCACUCAAAGGAAUCGCAUUCUUCCUCUCCCACCGCCCCCUCUGGUCCCCGCUCCUCUCCAAACUCGCACCCACCUUAACCCUAGGCCUGGGAAUCACGACUUUCAUGUUCGCCUUCACCUACCUCCCGCAAGUCGCCGUGCUAUUCUUCACGUCCGGCCCUCUCGCUGCAAUCACGACGGUCCUGUUGGUUUUGAGCGAGAGCAGCACGUUGACGAUGGUGCUGUCGAAGGCGUUGUUGAUCGAGGACGCGCUGAUCGAUACGUUCGACGGCACGCUUGUGGCGCGGGGGCAGGCUCCUCUAGUUGAGAGGCAGCGGCAGGUGAAGUCGAGCUCGGCUGGCGACUCGAUCGCGCGGUUGGGGAAGUUGAUGGGGAAGCCGUUUGCGAAGUUCACCCCGACGGCCAUUAUUCGGUAUUUCAUGUACCUCCCGCUCAACUUUAUCCCCGUCGUCGGGACGGUCAUCUUCGUCCUCUUGCAGGGACGCAGGACUGGACCGAACGCGCACUCGCGGUAUUACCAGUUGAAGAACAUGGACGCGGCGCAGCGGGAGAAGUUCCAGGAGGCGCGCAAGGGGGCGUAUACGAGUUUUGGGGUGGCGAGUGUGGUGUUGGAGAUGGUGCCCGUGGCUGGUAUCCUCUUCGCCUUCACCAACACCACCGCCGCCGCGCUCUGGGCAGCUGACAUCGAGCAAGCGAACGAGAAAGCCGAGGGGAGUUCGCCGGAGCUCCGGGAUCAGGCGAAGAAGGCUUCGUAG